AUGACAGACACUGUUCCCAGCCAGAGGGAACCAGCCACUAAACACUUCCUGGUGUGUAAAGAAGUUUCAGAGGUUCAUUGCAAGACUGAAACUUUGCAUGAUGACACUACUGGAGAUCCCCCCUUGCAGGGGUUGGAUGUAGCAAAUGGGACCAUCAGAGAGCUCCCACCAAGUACUGAAGCACGGGCAAGGACCGACGAGGAGCCAUCUCCUGGGAUGGAUGCAGUAGGCAGGAUGAAUCCAAUGCCUUCUGUAGAUAAUGAUGAAAAAGUGGGAGGCUUGCGGGGAGGGGGAGAGGAUACAGACUCUUCCUCUUCACAUCACCCACCCUACCCCUUAUUGGAUGACAGCCAAGGAAAUUCACAGCUGACAGGAGGAAAUGCAGAUGGAAAGAUGGUCCUGUCAUUCCAUGAGAGAGGGAACAAUGCUUUGGCCACAGACCAGAAAACAGAAGUGGCUGCUAGGCAAAGUCCAUCUGGUUCUAUAAACCUCCUUCAGAAGGAGGAGAAAGGAGCAGAUGAUGGAAGAGCAGAAGGCAGCACUGAAUCUCCAAGAGAGUGCGUCUUCCACAUACUGAAUGCUGCAAAAAUCACAGAGCAGGAGGAGUGGCAGCACGAGCAGCUAGAAUGGAGGGAGGAGCCAGAAGAGGAGGAGCAGUCAGAACAGAAGCAGCCAGAGCUGGAACAGGAGGAGCCAGAAUGGGAGAAGCUAGAGAAGGAAGCGAAACCAGUGCAGGAGGAGCCAGUAUGGGACAGGGAAGAUCAGAAGGAAAAGAGGUGGGAUGAGCUGGAACAAGAGCCAGGGAGGGAAGAGGCGGAGCAGGAGGCUCCACCACCAGCACUCAAUCCAGCGUCACCUUCUCUCUCCAAGCAAAACUGGGACCUCUGUGAUGAGGGGGAGAGCACUUCCUCGGCUGAGGGAACAGGGCUGGCCUCUCUGCCCCAGGAUUCAUUCUCCAAAGAUCAGCAUCCUGGUGAGGAUGAACUAUCCAGCAUAGUGUUGAAGGCCUGCAUUGGAGGAGCAAAUGUAAGAGCUCAGCCACCUGCUGUGAUAACGUCCGAAAGUCAGAACCCAGUGGGUGGGAGUUCCAUGAUGCACUCCCCCACUUGCCACAUCUCUGAGCACUGGGGAGACAUGGGGGUUUCUGACCCUUCCAGCUUCAUUUCUUUCAAUGGCCAAGAUUGUGAAAAAACCUGUCAGGAUAACAGAGCCAGUAAUGGUGAGGAUGGCCAUAGUGACGGAGAUGGAAGGACAGUCCAGAGCUUUGAUGAUGGAGGAGCCAUCUCUCCGUUAUGCAGAGAAGUCACCUCAUCUGGUGCAGGGAACCCAGACUCUUCUGGGACUCUGGACCCUUCUUCUGGUGCCAGGAACUUGGGAUCUUUUGGUCCCGCAGAUCCCCAUCCUGUUGCAGAAAACCCAGCAUUUCCCAGUCAUCAUUAUUUCACUCUAGCCUCGCCAUCAGAGUUCAACUCAGCAGUAUCAGCAACUGGCCCAUCUCAGGAGGAUGCUGAUGAAAGAUCCCAAGUGAGCCCUGUGGGAUGUACUGACCUGGACAAAGCACCAGUCUCUGUACAGGACACAUCCAGCCAGACUUCUUACCUGCAGGAGGCAGCUUCUAGUGAAGGAGCCUCAGUGACCGCCAGCACAGUGGGUGUCCAGACUCCCCAUGGUCUGCUUACACCUGAGAAGGGCCUUAAUGAAGAGUCUAGUGACCAACCUUCCAUCUCCAAGGCUUUCAGAAGUCCCCCUCCAAGGCAGAGCCUGCCCAAGGACACAGAUGAUGAAGUAGAAUCUACUCCUGCAGCUCCAGCUACAAUGCACCUGGAGUCAUCCCAAGCACCAGACGUGGCUCUUGCUCCCCUGAAUUCCCUGGAGAAAGACCAGAGCUCGCCCUUGGCACCUGUGCCUGAUGCUGACCAGCUCGUCCACCCUCCAGCUCCUGCGCCCGACUCGCCCCCAGCCCUUGUGCCGGAUGUCAGCCAGCUUGCCCACUCUUCAGUACCUUUGCCCAGCUCGCCCCUGGCUCCUGCACCUGAUGCCAUACAGCUCGGCCAUCCUCUGACUCCUGUACCAGAUGCCGACCAGCUCACCCACCCUCUGGCUCCUGCACCCAGCUCGCCUCUGACUCCUGCACCAGAUGCCGAUCAGCUCACCCCCCCUCUGGCUCCUGCACCCAGCUCGCCUCUGACUCCUGCACCAGAUGCCGAUCAGCUCGCCCCCCCUCUGGCUCCUGGCUCGCCCCUGGUUCCUGUGCCUGAUGCCACCGAGCCUCCAGCUUCUGCACCUGGCUCGCCCCUGGCUCUUCUGGCUGAUGCCUACCAGCUUCUCCAGUCUCAGUCCCUUGUGCCUGACUCCAACCAGCCUUCAGCCCCUGCAUCUGAUAUUGACAAGCCUCUGCCUCCUGUAUCUAACUCCACUCCACCUCUAAACUGUGUAUCAGAUUCUAGUCAGUUACUGGCCACUGCCCCCAAUUCCAGCUGCCCUGCCCAGGCUCCAGCCUCUGUGCCUGAUGCCGACAGCCUUGCUCACACUCUGGUCCCUGCCCCUGCUGUGGAAGAUGGAGAAGAGAACCCCCUCCUAAUGCAGAUGACCCAUGAGGGAGUGUCUGGUGCCCAGUGGGAUCCUGUCAUCUCACCUACACCAGACGUGGUGGACACCAGUGACUCAGGGGCCACUUCAUUGGCCGAGAGCUCAGAUUUUCCCACUUUGGAGAAUGAGGCACCCAUGGGCCACUCUGACAGAAGCCCUAAAGCAAUGGGUCAGCACCUGGCUACACACUGUGGAAAGUCCACACCUGACUACACCUCCAGGCCCUCCCUGGGAGGGUGGGGAACAUCCACAGACUCUCAGAGUAGAAAUUCAGCACAGCCACCCCCACUACUAGCUUUCUCCAACCCAAUCCACUUCCUGCAGUUCAGCCCUCCAUCGCCACCAGCCAUUAGAACACUAUACCGACAGGAUGCAGUCUUCGAGGAGCCCCAGUGGAACCAGGCACAGGCAGGCCCCACCAGCGUGGAUACGAGGAACACAACAGCCCCUGCAGUGAUGAUAGAGAAAGCAGAGGGCGCUAGGACAUGCAAGCAAAAGAUGGAAGGGCAGGGAGAACUGCUUCACCUUGCGGCCCAGGUGAAAGAGGUGGCCGUCAAACAUGCACCCUUGGAGAAGGCAUCAAGUUGGCCAGAUAAAGUCAUCAGGGUGGACAUGAAGGAGCUGGGACUCAAUUCAGGGAGUCAGGAGAACGCAAUCAAACGCCGAGCAAAAAGCAAAGACUGGCACCGGCAGGGCCUGAGGAAGAUGUCAGUACUGUCAGACAAUUUACAAGAGGAGGGAGCACACAAGGACCAGCCAACCAGCUUAGACACAGUUAUACUUCGGGAGAAGAAAUCUGCAGACACACUGGAUAAUUUCAAGCGCCGACACUCCAAACUGAUCAACUCCUCAAGGUUACUCUAUCAGGAAUACAGCGAUGUGGCUCUGAACAAGGCAAUCCAGAGCCAGAAGAGAGUGGAUUCUUUGGCAGAGGACUUCGAACUGAGCUCUCCAAGCUCCCCAAGGUUACGGAGGAAAGUGCUGUCUUCGCAGGACUCGUAUCUUCAACGACUGUCAGUCUCGUCCAACGCGUCCCUCUGGCAGGACAUCCCCAUGAUCCGAGGAAGCAGAAUGCUGCUGAACAUGUCCCGAGAUGAUCAGAAACUGCAGGAGGCCAAGUUCGAGUUGAUCAUGUCAGAGGCCUCAUACUUGCGCAGUUUAAAUGUGGCAGUGGAUCACUUCCAGCGCUCAUCAGAACUCCAGGCACUCCUCACCAAUCAGGAGCGCAAGUGGCUUUUCUCCCGCCUGCAGGAAGUGCGUGAUGUCAGUGCCAGUUUCCUCUUCGAGCUGGAGGAGAAGUUUGAGGAGAACAUGUUCAACUUCAACGUGUGUGACGUGGCUCUGAGACAUGCCCCUGCAUUCCGCAAGGUGUAUCUACCAUACGUGACAAAUCAGACCUACCAGGAGCAGAUUUUCCAGAAGCUAGUGACCAGGAAUGCAAAGUUCCAGCAAGUCCUGGAGAAACUGGAAAGUGCCACUGUGUGCCAGCGCCUCUCCCUCAAAUCCUUCCUCAUUCUCCCCUUCCAACGCAUCACCCGACUCAAACUCCUCCUACAGAAUAUAUUGAAGAGAACCCCGCCCGAGUCGGAUGAAGAAGUGCAGGCCACACAGGCUUAUGAUGCACUGGAGAAGCUCAUAAAGGACUGCAACGAAAAUGUCCAGCGCAUGAAGAGCACUGAGGAGUUGAUCUACCUAAGACAAAAGAUUGAUUUUGAGUGCAAGAUAUUCCCACUGGUCUCGCAGUCUAGGCGGCUGGUGAAGUGUGGUGAGCUGAUGACGUUGGACUACAACACUCUGAGCCCCAAGUGGAAAGUCACCACCCGCCCCAUAUACCUGCACCUCUUCAAUGACUGCCUGCUCCUGUCCCGGCCCAGGGAGGGUGGGCGCUUUGUCGUGUUUGAUCAUGCUGCAUUUUCAGAUGUACGUGGGGAGAAGUGUGAGAUGAAGCUGCACGGGGCAAACAAAAAUCUUUUCCGCCUUUUUCUCCUUAAGAACAACCAGGGGAAAAGAGUGGAAUUCCUCUUUCGUACAGAGACACACAGUGAGAAGCUGCGGUGGAUCUCCGCUCUGGCGCCACCACGAGGAGAACCAGAUCUCUUAGAAAACCCUGACUCACCUCAGGUUCAGUGCAUACGGACAUACAAAGCUCGGGAGAAUGACGAGCUGGCUCUGGAGAAAGCAGAUAUCAUCAUGGUCAUGCAGAACAGCAACGACGGCUGGAUGGAAGGAGUGAAACUCUCAGAUGGAGAGAGAGGCUGGUUUCCCUCAGAGCAUGUGGAAAUAAUCUCCAGCAAACACGCACGCCAGAUGAACCUGAAGGAGGAACAGCGUGUGAAGAAUGCCAAACAGCAGGUCUUCUGCAAGAAAUAG